AUGAUGACCCAAAGUUUUAACCUUUUGGUUUUGAAUUUGUUUGCAGUUUCAGUCAACGAGGUUGAAGCAUUGUAUGAGUUAUUCAAGAAACUUAGUUGUUCAAUUAUUGACGACGGGUUGAUUCACAAGGAAGAGCUUCAGCUUGCGCUUUUCCAAGCUCCACAUGGCGAGAACCUAUUUCUUGAUAGGGUUUUUUAUUUGUUCGAUGAAAAGAAGAAUGGGGUUAUAGAGUUUGAAGAAUUCAUCCAUGCCUUGAGUGUGUUUCAUCCCUACGCACCAAUCGAGGAGAAGAUCGACUUUGCGUUUAGGCUUUAUGAUCUAAGACAAACCGGAUUUAUUGAGCGAGAAGAGGUGCAUCAGAUGGUGGCUGCUAUUCUUAUGGAAUCUGAAAUGAUUAUGUCUGAUGAACUUCUGACCAUGAUUAUUGAUAAAACAUUUGCUGAUGCAGAUUCUGAUGAAGAUGGUAAAAUAAGCAAAGAAGAAUGGAAAGUGUAUGUGCUUAAGCAUCCCACCUUGUUGAAGAACAUGACUCUUCCUUAUCUUAAGGAUGUGAUGACAGUAUUCCCAAGCUUUAUAUUCAACACUGAGGUUGAAGACUAAAACAACAACACCGGUUACCUCUUCCUUCUUGAUUUUUACGUAUAUAAAAACAGUUGUAAAUGUGAGGUUGCUGAUCUCCUUUGAUGCACACAUUGUAGACUGUUCCACUGUAAGUAAAUAAAUGAUUUUUUUUCUAUCUAAUCUUUGUCAUACAUGGAUCAGUGAUUCAGAGUUGAAAGAUUGGAAAGGAUAAAAAGGAAUAUUAUGAAAAGUCUUA